GCUAUCGGUGCCUGCCGGCAAGCGAGCUCCCUGGGAAUUGGCACCGCCCGACGUGGUCCCCUGGCACGGAGACACUGAGCACGGGCCUUGCGACGCAGACGACGUCUUCAGCGUUCGUGAGCUUGUGCGGAAGAUUGCACCGUUGCUUAUCGGAUCUGGCUGCGAGAAGUAUGUGAUGGAUGCGGACAAGAUGCUGAAUGAUCUGCCAACAGAUCGUGACACGACAAGGAUGCCUGCAUGCAAGAACAACUUCAUCGUGAAGUCUACAGCCAAGACUGUCUACAGCGUUGAGAAGUGUGCAAUCAAAGCCCUGGCCAAGGCUGAGCAUGUGAAUGCAACGGAGGAGAACAAGAUCAAGGAGCUGGUGAAGGAGUUGACGGACCGCAGACGUCACGUCCUGGUUCCACUAAGCAUGUUCUCCACGCCCGCGAAGUUCGCGGGCAAGGCCAAGAUGUCGAAGAAAGACUGGGACAGCUUCGAGAAAAGCGGCGCUGCUGGCACGCUGGCCAUGGAUUGGGGUGGCAGCGGGGGCACUGCAGGCCGCAUGCAGAAGUGGCCGGGGCAGCCCGGCCGCUACGGCCGUCCUCGCGGAAUGCGUCCCGGGCAACAUGGCCAGCACAUGCAGCAGUGGGCGGGCCAAGGCCAAGGCCCUGGUGGAAACUACGGCCCAGAAGGCAGGUAUGGCGACAGCUAUGGCGAGCGUCCCCAUCCGAAGCCGCCAUUGCAGCCAGGCAUGGUGCCCGGCGGCGGUGGCAUGGGUGGCAUGGGAACUGGACAAGAGCUCACGCCGAAGCAGCAGUACAGACAGAAUGUGGUGGACCAUGCGAAGGAGCUGGCCAAGGCCAACGAAGACAUUGUUGGGCCUUUCAAGCGAGGCAAGCAUUUGGAGGAGUUCCCACCACCAGUCCAACCGCUGAAGCCCAUCUACCCAUACCCGCAGCCCCCCAUUCUCGAGAGCGAGACGGCUUCAGUCUCCAAGUUUCCGGUCUUCAGUGGCCCAGAUGCACCAGAUGUGGACAUCUCGAUCUCAGCGGCGUUCCCCCUGAACGCGCCAGAUUCCUUCGCGGUUGGUGCUGCUUUCCUCCUGCUCAGCAGCGUCCAGCAAGAAGGACGCCGGCGAAGCCAAGCGUUUGAGUUCUUGGCGGUGCCGCUGUCUGAGCGCUGCCCGGCGCUGCUCUGA